AUGAUCCCCAGUCCGAUCUCAUCCCCUUUGCAGAACUCACCUCAGUUCCCUGCAUUCCACAACUUGGGCAAAAGUUUCCUGAUUGAUAAUUUGCUGCGGAUCAAUGGUCCCUCGAGUCCUCCGCUUCGACCGAUUCCGGCAACCCUUGUGCCAGUGAAAGUGCCCCAAACUGCGGAACAAAUCAGCCCAUCAGGAGGUCCACAUCCUACAAGACCCUCCUUUCAGCUCGUUAACCCCUCCGACAGCCAGUCUGCUCCAGUCACCUCUACCAGCCAAAUAGUCCCCUAUCCUGAAAUAGCUUUAUCCAAAUGCUUCCAGCCCAGAUUCCCCCAGUUCUUCUUGUCUUGCUGCGGUGGGUCCUGUCAGCAGCCGGUCUCCCCCACUGCUUUUCCGAGUAAGUGCUGUGAUCUGCCACUUUGGCCUCAGGUGAGUCACAGCAAAGCGCGAAAAGGAAUUCUGCGCAGAGUGGUCUUUUCUGAAGAGCAGAGGAAAGCACUGGAGAAAACGUUCCAGAAACAGAAAUAUAUCAGCAAAACAGACAGGAAAAAGCUAGCUACAAAUCUUGGGCUUAAAGACUCACAGGUGAAAAUUUGGUUCCAGAACCGAAGAAUGAAAUGGCGAAACACUAAGGAACGAGAACUAUUGGCACAAGAAUGUGUGUAUGAACAGCCAUUGCAAGAGAAAUCUCUUUCAGCUUCUGAACAGAGCGACAACAAAUCUUCAAACGCUCCUGACAGAAAAUACACAGAAGUGGGAGAAGCAUUCAUACGCAAAUAUGUCACAAUUUCGCCAGCAUCACAAUAUACUCAGACUGCUGACAGGAAAGUCCCAGAUCUGAAACUGGAGUUAACGGAGAGAGCCCCGUGUUCAGAAUCUGUGCAGUGCAGCAAAGAUAGCAGAGCAUUUAUGUCAACUGAUCAGAAGUAG